AUGAGCUGGAAAAAGACCCCGUUGACUGAUUUGAUGAAUUUAAAACUUCCACUGAUCCAAGCUCCUAUGGCUGGCGGCUCGUCGAGCGUGGAAUUGGUUUCGGUUGCAUCAAAUGCUGGUUGUCUAGGCUCUCUCGCUGCUGGCCUCAUGUCUUCACAACAACUAGCUGAAUCAAUAAAAGCUAUAAAGGCUAAAACCAGCAACCCAUUUUCAGUCAAUGUCUUCCUUACUACUCCUGCACCACGUAUACCUUCCACUACCCCAAAUCCAACAGACGCUGAAUGGACAAACUUGAAAUCAAAGUAUGUGACCAAGCUGGAUUCGUAUCGAAAACAGUUAGGGAUGCCACCUAGUCCAGCAGCUGGAGCAGGUGAAGCUCCUCGAGUUGGCGCUGUCGUGUUGGAUGAGAUGCUGGACAUAUUGGUAAAGGAGAGAGUCAAGGUUGUGACGUAUACGUUUGGAGUAUUGGAGGCUGCUCAAGCUCAUCGUCUUCGAAAGCAUGGUGGAUGUUUGGCUGUAUUCGGAACUGCAACAUGUGCAGAGGAAGCUCGUAUCCUCAUUGAAGAAGGAGCUUGUGAUGGAGUUGUAGCUCAAGGACUCGAAGCUGGAGGUCAUCGUGGCACAUUCUUAGAAUCCAUUCCAACAGCAGCAACUCUGGUUGGCUUACAAUCAUUGUUGACUACAAUACGUGCCUUGUUUGAUGGAACUGUAGGCAGACCACCUCUACGAACUCAUUCUGGAAAGAGACCAUUAUUGAUUGCUGCAGGUGGAAUCGCCGAUGGUCGUGGUGUACUAGCAGCUCUUGCAUUAGGUGCAGAUGCCGCUGCAUUAGGAUCAGUUUUCAUACCGACUGUUGAAUCUGGAGCUUCAAAGUUCCACAAGGAUGCGCUUGCAAAUCCUACACAAGGUGCUCUCAGUUCGACCAUGUUGAGUACCACAUUUACAGGUCGAAUGGCACGAGGUUUGGCAAACGAUUUCGCCAAAGACAUGCAAGAGUUUGAACGGGUGCCUACUCACUUGCUCGGAAUGGAUGUCAGGAAUCGUGAUGCUCAAUUGAAUACACGAGUCAUCUUUGCCGAAGCUGCGAAACUUCAAAGGCAGGAUAUUGCACCAUUGUGGGCUGGUCAAUCUGCUUCAACCUUGGCUGGCAAAGGAGGUCGAAAGGCUGUUGACAUCAUUAACGAAAUCACUGCCGAGGUUGAUGAACUUGUAUCACGCUUUGCUAGCAAACUGUAA